AUGAUGGGUGCUAACAUAAUCCCUCUGCCAGCGCAGUUAUCCUCGCGGUCGGCCUCUAGCAACCCCACCCCGCACUCCGAGUUCACAGGACCUCCGUCAUUAGGAGUAUCAAUUUCCAAUCUCAUCACACGGUCGGCUACCGUGUGUAUCGAAAAACAGGUCCCUAGGAGUCAUCGGGACUCAAUCUUCAGAAAGCUGGCGGGUCCACGUGAAAACGCAAAGCGAUUCCUUCGCUUGCGGUCGUCUGGAAUUCAGGCACCUUUGUCACGCCCUCGUGUACGACCAGUUUCGGAAAUUAUAUUGUCGCCGACAUCGGUUGAUUUAGAGGACGAGAUGCGAUCGGAUUCGUCAUCUACCGAGGUGCUGCCUCGGCCAGUACCUGAACACACUGUCACUACGGAAACUACUACCCCAUUUACUCCCUUGCGAAAUGAGAAAAUCGUAGCCACUGGGAGUGGCAUAUCUGUCGGUAUUGCCCUCACCGAACCCGUUCUUUACUUGCAGGGCUAUGAUCAGCAAGACCCGAGCAGCAAAAAGUCCGCAAUUCUGCGGGGACAGAUGCAUUUGAAGAUUACUAAAUGUGUCAAGAUCAAGAAGAUCUCGGUCUGUUUCCGCGGUCAUGCCCAAACCGAUUGGCCAGAUGGUAUUCCCCCUAAGAAGAUCCACUUCCAUGACAAAAAGGAUCUCUUCACGCAUGGUGUGGUCUAUUUUAACCACGGUGACACUGCGCUCAUGCAGAAUGACUAUGGCGCGCAUUACUAUCAGCAUGCCAAACCGAUAUCAUCUGUACCGGGAAAGGAAGGAGUGACGAUGACCACUCGAGAACUAUUUUCCAACCGUAAUUCUGCCGCCACACUCGCCCUACCAAUCUCUCGAGAUGCCAAACGUCUUUCCCUGCAAGCCAACCGUGGUCAUUCGCGCAGCUUCAGCAAGAACGAGCCCCCGACCUCCCAACCCCAACCUCAGCGAAAUUACCGCAUGUUCCCUGUAGGCGAUUAUCUAUACAGCUUCGAGUUCCCAAUCGAUGGAUCAUUACCAGAGACUAUUAAAACGGAUCUGGGGUCUGUGAAGUAUGACCUGGAAGCAAUGGUGGAACGAUCAGGCGCCUUCCGACCCAAUCUCCUCGGCGCCAUGGAAGUCCCCGUGAUUCGCACCCCUGCCGAGGGUUCACUGGAGCAAGUCGAGCCGAUUGCGAUUUCGCGGAACUGGGAAGACCAGCUUCACUAUGACAUCGUCAUCUCGGGGAAGUCCUUCCCCCUAGGCUCGCAGAUCCCGAUUGCGUUCAAGUUGACUCCACUCGCAAAAGUAGAGUGCCACCGAAUCAAGGUCUAUGUGACGGAGAAUAUCCAGCAUUGGACGGCAGACAAGAGCGUGCAUCGGUUGCAACCAGCUAAGAAGGUGUUACUUUUCGAAAAACGAGCAGACUCGUCCAGUGUGAGCACGUAUCCCGGCAGCUCUAUGCGUGUCACCGCAGGCGGCGGCAUCGACUGGGACCAGCGCGCUGCUGCCGCAAGAGGGCAGGAGAUUGUGGAUCGGAAUCGAACGAAUCUGCUAGGUAAUCUGGCUAAUGAUUCUGGUGUCGGCCCAACUGAGAUGGAAUUCAACGUGCAACUGCCAAGUUGCCAUGAAAUGAAGGGCCGGGACGAGGGUCAGCGGUUGCAUUUCGAUACCACAUACGAGAACAUUCAGAUCAACCACUGGAUCAAAAUUGUCCUCCGUCUAUCUAAGGUCGACGAAAGAGACCCCACAAAACGGAGACACUUCGAAAUAUCCAUAGACUCGCCAUUCCACAUUCUCUCCUGCAAGGCCACCCAGGCCAACAUUUACCUACCAGCCUACACAACCCCAGCCGAAGAACCCGCCCCGCCGGCCCAAGAGUUUGAAUGCGGAUGCCCAGGUGCAUCCCUCGCACCUCGAGAGCAAGUCAUCGCCCCGGCGAUAUCCGAUCGUGAAGACAGCAAUCCUGGACUAGCAACCGUCACCCGCCGCGGCUCAACAGGCCACAACUUCUCCCGCAGCUUCACCAAUGACUCUGGCGGCCUCGCCCGUCCACCACAAGCACACCUUGCAGCACCACCACACGACCGCAACAUCCUCAUUCCACCUCGCCCAAUGCACCUUCUCCGCGCACCGUCCUACGCGCCCCCCGCUUUUGAUGAGGUUCCUCCCGCGCCGCCGCUUGUCACCCCACCUCCGGAAUAUAAUAGCAUCGUCGGGGACGACCGAGAGGCCGUUCUCGAGGACUAUUUCUCCCGUUUAUCGUUCUACGAAGAAAACGAGGACGACGACCGCGGUCGCGGCCGCGUUGAUGUACCCCUCACGCCGGGUGGACGCGUCAACCGCAGCAUGGACGUGCCCCGCGAAUGGGUGCGACUCGAAGACUAUUUCCAGUAA